AUGGAGCCGAUCGACAUAUCCAAGCUCCCUCCGGAGUACGUCAACGCGAGCAAUGCAGGCCGGAUUGUCGGGCUCGUUGGUGUUUUCCACUUCAUUGCCCUCAGCUUCGUGUUGCUGCGGACCUAUGUCCGCAUCUUCAUGGUGAGAUCCUUUGGGAUUGACGAUGGAUUGUGCAUCAUAGCUUGUGGUUUCGCCCUCUUCGCAUGGGUCUGCCUGGUGCUACAGGUUCCUCAUGGCUUGGGUCGCCAUACCGAGGUCGUCUCACUAGAGGACCGGAUAGAGCUGGAGCGAAUUGGCUUCUGGAAGGCUGUCUUCUCUGCCGGCGUUGGUUUGGGAACGCUGAGGAUAUCAAUGGCCAUUAGCUUGCUGCGACUCAAUAGGGAACUGAAAUGGUAUCGCUGGUCGCUUUACGCCCUGAUUGGUUUCAUCAUCGCCUAUACGAUCCAAGCCAUCACUUGGGUGUUUGUCUAUUGCAAGCCCUAUUCGGGCUGGUGGGAGUUCCAAUGGGCGAAUCCGUUUGAUCCUCGGUGUGCGGACUUUAAUAUAUUCCUGAGUCUCGGGUAUUUCAACAUUUCAUGCAACAUCUUCACCGAUGUAGUUCUCGGAGCAUUGCCGGUUCCCAUCAUCUGGAACCUGAAGCUGAAACUCCGAGUACGGUUAUAUGUGAUUGGAAUCCUGAAUCUGGGUUACGUUGCCCUCUUGAUGGGCGUUCUCAAGGCAAUAUUCUUGUACACAACGGGAGGAACUUUGGACAACAUCUUCGAGUACUGGGUUCAUGUCUGGGAAAAUCUCCAGUUUAAUUUCGGCCUGAUCGCCGCCUGCGCCUCCUUCCUCAAGCCCAUCGUGGGCCGAGUCCUCAAAAUUGACAGCACCGGCGGUUACGCCUACGGCCCGGGAGCCAAUAACCGCUACUACCACCGACAGCGCGACGGCCGCAAUUCCCAGGGCGCCCUGCAAACCAUCGGGAGCAAGUACGCGAACAGGCGGCGCGGGGAGCUGAGUCAACUCGACGACGAGUAUGAGCUGCACCCCAAGGACGCUGCCCGCGAUGGAGAGCACCAUGUGGUGACCAAGGUACAUGCGACAGGGCGGUCAAAGACGGUGAUUUCGCCGGAUCAUUCGUCGGUCGACGUUGUCGACGCGAAUCACUCGGACGGGAACAGCGAGGAGAUCAUACUGCAGGGCCGAGGACAGGUGCCGCACGGCAUCAUGAUGACGAGAGAUGUCACUGUACAGUACACCCAUAAAUAA